UUAUGCCACCUUUAAGGUGGACCGGAAAAUUUCAAUUUUGAAGCAGUGAAUGCAAAAUUCAGCGUCGUCGUGAAACAUAGCCACUUGAUUUGGGAAACUUUCCAGCAAGAGCACUGGACAUCAGACUCUCCGCUCUCCUUGUUCUUUAUUGUCUGCUUACUCUGAGAUAAGCUUCCUGCUACGCCAGCCGCAGUCUGAGCUACCCGGGGCGGCAGAAUCACAUGAUACAACUACGCUGACUAGCAAGAUAACACGCUAGCUUUGGUUGUCAAAGCCGCUGUCAGCAGCCACGGACGGGCGGAGUAGCCCACUUCAGCUAAUAAGUAGUUGAAAACUCGCGACAUAUCUGGGCAUUGUAGAAAGCGACUUAUCUUCUUUCCUGCUCACUCUCUUCAAGAUAUUGAAUCAUUCAGCUUCCAUCCAAAAAGUCACAAGGAUUUUGGCAUCCUAGAGGCUCACCAGGCAAGCAAGUCCUCCAUCAUUGCAGAGACACUGACGGGCUGAGGUUGUGGACUCACAUGGGCAAGAUGGAUAGGCGAUAAAUAAGACAUCAACUUCAGAGGUACAUGUUGAUUUCGUAAUGACAAGCUGCUGUGCAGAAGAUGUCCACGCUGUCUGUGACUGAUAUCCCAGAUGUUGGUCAUGAUGAGACUAAGGUGUUUGACAGGGCCCCUGAGCUGCAGCUGGACUGCAUGGCUGAGGAGAGCAGUGGAAGCACCGCAAUGAAGCAUGACAGCCUGUUGUCACUGGCUGACCUCUCUCAGCCAGAUGGUUUUCCUGUCCCUCCUCAUAAUGGCUCGUCAAUGACUGAGAUGAGCAGCCCUCUGCUGGUACAGCCAAAUGACAUCAAGUUGGAUCCAGCUGCAGGUGACACAUCUGCCAGCAUAGAUGGUCAGCCUGUGAAGAGAAAGAAAGGGCCUGCUCCAAAGAUGCUAGGCAACGAGGUGUGCAGUGUAUGUGGUGACAAAGCCUCUGGUUUUCAUUACAAUGUGUUGAGCUGUGAGGGCUGCAAGGGCUUCUUUCGACGCAGUGUCAUUAAAAGUGCCCAAUAUACAUGCAAGAACAACGGCCGCUGUGAAAUGGACAUGUACAUGCGCCGCAAGUGCCAGCAGUGCCGCCUGCGCAAGUGUCGGGAGGCAGGCAUGCUGGAGCAGUGCGUGCUUUCUGAGGAACAAAUCAGACUAAAGAAGAUGAAGAAGCAGCAGGAGGAAGAAACAGCCCGCACAUCUACCGUGGUCACCCUCACCCCUCCACAGGAAGCAGCCACAUUGGAUCCACAGCAGCAGGAGAUGAUUGAGAAGCUGGUGGCCAUGCAGAAGCAAUGCAACAAGAGGUCUUUCCUUGACCGACCAAAAGUGACACCCUGGCCACAGAGUCAGGACCCGCAGAACCGAGAAGUGCGUCAGCAGCGGUUUGCCCACUUCACUGAGCUGGCAAUCAUGUCAGUCCAGGAGAUUGUGGAUUUUGCUAAGCAGCUUCCUGGUUUCCUGGAGCUCACCAGGGAAGACCAGAUUGCACUACUGAAGACAUCUACCAUUGAGAUUAUGCUGCUGGAGACGUCUCGGCGAUACAACCCUGCUAUCGAUAGCAUAACAUUUUUGAAGGAUUUCAGCUAUAAUAAGGAGGAUUUUGCCAAAGCAGGUCUUCAGUUUGAGUUCAUUAACCCCAUCUUUGAGUUUUCAAAAGGAAUGAAUGACCUGCAUCUGGAUGAGGCUGAAUAUGCUCUGCUCAUUGCCAUCAACAUUUUUUCUGCAGAUCGACCAAAUGUGCAGGAUCAUGAUCUGGUGGAGAGGCUGCAGCAACCCUAUGUGGACGCACUGCGCUCUUACAUUAUGAUAAAGAGACCAAAUGAUCACUUGAUGUUCCCCCGUAUGCUGAUGAAACUGGUGAGCCUUCGUACACUAAGUAGUGUCCACUCAGAGCAGGUGUUUGCGCUCCGCCUCCAGGACAAGAAGCUUCCCCCGUUGCUCUCUGAAAUCUGGGAUGUCAAUGAGUGACUGCAGCUCUGAUGUCCCACUCCAUGGCUUUAUCAGGCCUGAGAAAGACAUGACAUCCAACAGGAACACUGACUCCUUUCUUCCAAGGGUUUGGCUAUAGCAUUGAAAUUAUAUUUUCUUGUGAGAGGAGGACAUCAUUGCCCUUUGCUCUCAGAGAGACUGCUCAGUUAUUUUGUGUUCAUGAGGAGAAACAUGAACACCGAUUCUUUUUUUUUUUUUUUUUAAAGCCUUUUGUUGUCCUUUCUUUUGUUGUAGAUGCUGACAUGAUUGUGGCAAUAUUAAAUACCAGCAUCGAACUCUUUAGCCAGUUAUUUCUGAUUUUAUAUUUGUUGAAAGUUAUGUCAGUGUCUAGUGCAGGUCCACAUUCAUCCUUUAACAAUUCUAAUCAUUUCUGAGCUUGUCAUGGCUGUGGCUCUCUGACAUGUCAGGAUUACAGCUGGAUGUGCAGUUGAAAUUGUGAUGGAAAUGAAUCCAGUGUUGGGCAUGCGCAGACUUGUAUCUGCUGUCCACCGUCUUGAUGUUAGGGUAAAAUGGUAGGUCAUCUGGUUGGUAUUAUUCAUUAUGAUAUGGCAGCAAGUAGUUUUUUUCCUUUCGAAGUAAAUGCAGAACUCAUGGUUGAUGUAGUCACUCGGGUAUAGUAAUGUGAAGUAGACCUCCGAGGAUUUCUGAGGCUUCUUUUACUUCUAUUUCAGUUACUUGAGCAUUCUUCCAAGUGCAUAAGCAACCUGUUUGAGUGUAUGGAUACCCAUAAACCAUCAUUUAAAUUGUAUAUUUAUUUUCACAAGAAAAAUGUAUGGAGUGCACACAAGUAUCCACAAGAUUGUACAAUCACAUACUAAUGUGCAGGCGACUGACAGACUGUACCCUUAUUUUGGAGAAAUGGUGAUGUAACUACAUUUUUAUACACAGCACUGGUACCUUGAAAUGGGUGGUACUAAUGGGUCUUCAGAUUUAAUGUAAAGAUGAUCUGUUGGUUAUAAAAGGAAGCCACCCUGACAAAGUUGUAUUCAUGAAUCAAAAUAGAAGGGACUGCCUCUAUUUAACACCAUCUUCAUCAUUAUACUGUGUGUAUGGGUGUAGGUUUUUUUUUUUCAUUUCAUUAGUAAGCAGUGCAGUUAUUUUAAUAUUUGUGAUUUUUUUUUUAAUCCCUAGCAUUUUUAAAAGUGUGAGAAAUGUCUAAGCAACAUACAUAGUUUGAACAUAAUGCAGAGAAUUUUUCAGCCUUUUAUUUUUCAUAAAAUACUCUAUUGAUGACACUGAAGAAAAAUGAUAAGCUCAGUAUAAAGUGCAAAACUAACUUGAUCUAAAGAUCUACCAUGGAAUGAGUGUCUUCCUUGAGCAGGUACUCAACGCAAACAGCUUUAACUGGUCGGGAGCAGAGAACAGCAAAUGAGCAGAAACAUUUACAUUUUAAGUUAUAGUACAUGUAACUACACAGAUCUAUGCGUUUAUAUUUAUGCUGUGCUUUCCAAGAAUUCUCCUGUGCAGUAAAAACUUGAAAUGCUACUUAAUGGAUGAGAAGGCAACAUUAAUGUAAAUUCAUAGUGGUGAUGUUUAUUCUCUCCAGACUCGCAUUGAAUCAAGAGGGCUGAAAACUGGACAGCCCAAUGCUUUUUCUUUAGCUGUCUAUGUAGCAAUUUCCCAUUAUAACAAAGAUAUAAAAUUCUUUUUGCGCCAAAUUGUUUCAACCGUAUCAGCUUUUCACCACUGGUUAAAGGUACCAGUUAGAAUCAGACAUUACAGAUUACUGUUACGUUUUUAUCAUUUUUGACUUCCAGUUUACGGAUGUUGAUUAAUAAGAUUAUAUUUCAUAUACACAACUAUAUGUUACAGCUAAAAUUCUUCACAGACUCAUGACAAAAAAAAAAAUACAACUCAAAAAAACAAAGCCCAAGAUUUGAUUUGGCUUGAUCUUGACCAAAAUGAUUUGGGGAUGGGUUUAUUAUGCUUUUAUCAUUUCUGUUUUGGUGUUAGACUUGGGUUGUCUGUGCUUUUCCUUCUGUGAUGAGCUGUUUUCUUUCUGUUGCACAGGACAGGAGUGUGUGUCUUUUAAAUCCUUUUAGAACAAAUCAAAGGAAUUCUUGUGAACUUAGUAAUAACUCUGGUAAUGGUAAAAGCAUAAAUUAACUGUAGUUUGUAUUUGCCAUAUGUGACAUUGUUUCUUGUGUUUUAUUGUGUUGAUUAAAGGAUCUAAUGGCUAAUUUAAUCAGCAUACAAUAACCCACUAUACCUGUGACCCAUGUAAAGCUGGCUGCAUACUAGUUGAGCUCAUUCACCACAAGGUAAAAUAUUGUAAAUAGGCAAAAUGCAGUGAGCUCUGCCUGUUAGUGGGUGGGUCGAAUGAAUACAAACAAAUGGGUGUUUUUUCCUCCACAGUCUUUGUUGUACUAACAAUGGUAUGUUCUUGACCCUGCAGAUUCAUCACAGUAACAAUAGGAGCCAGGGUGUUUUUCUUCCUCUCUCCAUCAGUUGCUUAGAAAAUGCCUGACAAACAGCUGUCUUUUUUUUUUUGCUACUGGAAGCAAGUGCAGUCCAUUUAUAAGAAAAAACUGGUUUCAUACUCACCUUUGCCUGUAUUAUUUUGCAUUGCUAAUUUGAAAAUGAUGAAUUAAAUCUCCAACAUUCAAAAUAUGAAAAGGGAUUGAGUUCCAUAGUUGGCAGGACUGCAAAGUCAGAAGUCAGUGAUGUCCCUGCAUUUUCUCAUGUAUUUUAUCAAACCUUUUGCCUUCCCUCUCAAAUUGUUAUUUACAUUUUACUGAUGCUCUAAAAAUGGGAACAUGUUUUUGAUUUUGUUACAUCCUUCUAAUCCUUUAGUGCUGAAUAUAAUUGUUUUCUGUUUAACAGUUGGAUCAGUAUUAAAAGAGGCAGAUUAAUACAGGAGGGUGCAGCAUUUUGAAACCAUACCAGUGAUUUCUUUGCAAAACGUUCUUUUGGGUCCCUUUGGAAUGAAGUGUAAGAUUAUCUGUUGGUUUUUGGGUUACUGCACUAACCAUUAGGUUUAAAAGUAGCUUCUGUACUACUAGGGUAAAUAGUCCUUAUUGUCCAAUGGAAACAAAUCCAGGUCAGAGGGAAGUGGAUGAAAGUGAAAUUUCCUUUUCUGUUGUUCUAUACUCUGAUCAAAUGAGCAAAACAUACCAGUUGCUGGCUCUUAACUCUGUUUCUUAGUGAACAUGUUAUUAAUGCUGUAGGUGUCAAAGGAAAUUGUACUGUAUAUACUGUAAUGGUUUGAUCUCAUUUAAUUAGUCCUCAAAGGGUGACACUGUAAACAUUAUUGAUAUAUAGAAAUACAAACCUAUUUUAAUACUUGUAACUCAUGAGGACCUUUGUUUUGUAUGUACAGUAUAAAUUAAAGCAGUGCUGUAGUGCUGACAUGUUUGAAAUCAGUCACUUUGUUUGCUGCUUUCUUUCUUUG